GUUCAUGAUGCUGGAACAAGGGACCAUGUCGGUAGAGGAAUAUUACCGAAAAUUUAUUGAACUGAUGAGGUUUGCCCCAGAGAUUGCCCCUACUGAGGAGGCUAAAGCCUCACGUUUUGAAUUGGGACUUACCCUUGACCUGCAGGGUAGACUGGGGGGAGAUACAUUCACCUCUCUGGACCAUGUGUUUGGCAAAGCUGCCCACCUUUAUGCUAUCAGGAAAAGGGAGGAAGGGGGUAAGCUGGGCGAGAAACGUAAGGAUAACCCAAACCCUGAGGGUCAAAAGUUUGAGAAAAAGCACAACGGGAACCAGAAUAAUCAAAACCCUCAGAGAAAUUUUGGUAAGGGACCCAAUAAUAACCAUAAUCCCAACAACAACAACAACAACAACAACAACAACAACAACAACAACAACAACAACCGCAGCAAUAACACCAAUAACCGCAGACCUGAGCGUGUAUAUCGGUGUAGAAAGUGCCCGAACAACCACCCUGGUAAGGAUUGUGAGGGUAACAAGGUUGAAUGCCGGGAAUGUGGGAAGAUGGGGCAUAGAGCCUAUGAAUGCUAUUCGAAAAACAAGCUAAACCCCAAUGGCCAAAGGAAGGGGAACUAUGGGGAUAAGCCCCGAAACGGAAAUGGUAACGGGAAUGGUAACGGGGGAGGUAAUUACAAUGGGAAUUCUAACUAUUCCAAGCCCGCUGCCAAUACCAGCAACCAAGUCUCUAAUGUUAACAAUGCAACUAGUUCCCAAGAUAAGGGCAAAGGGAAGCUGUACAUGAUGACGGCUAGUGAAGAAGAGGCUCGUAGAGACGUUGUCACGGGUCCCAAUUUCAUAAGCGGUUCGUUCUAUUAAGUCAGCGAAAAUUCUCCGUUACAAGACUAGGUGAGCUGGUGCUGCUGCAUGACAUCAAGCAUAUGGGGGCUAGACUGUAGUUUGAAGUUAACUUUUGGUUUGAUCAUUAAUGAAUUUUAUAGAACAU